UUUUCUUUUCCGUUUUGUUUUCUUUUCUCUGUUUGGAAGAAUGGAAGCAACUGAAAAUCGAAAGCGUUCACACGCGCUCUCUUCUCUCUCCCGCUGAGCAAACUCAUCUCAGAGCUAGGUUAAGAACUUUGGUGGUUAAAGUUUUGCUAUCUGGUGAAGGAAAUGGUUUCGUUCGAGGCGAGUGACAUGAAAAAGAUUGGGCUGGGAUUGACUGGUUUUGGUGUAGUAUUCACAUUGAUUGGAAUCUUUCUAUUCUUUGACAAGGGAUUUCUUGCAAUGGGAAAUAUCCUCUUCUUGUCAGGAGUGACCUUAACUAUUGGUGUGAAGCCUACCCUCCAGUUCUUCAUGAAACGCAAGGAUUUCAAGGGUUCACUUUCAUUUGGUGUUGGUUUCUUCUUGGUCCUUAUUGGAUGGCCAAUUAUUGGCAUGAUUGUGGAGACAUAUGGUUUUGUUGUCCUUUUCAGUGGCUUCUGGCCAACACUGGCUGUUUUUCUCCAGAGGUUACCUAUUGUUGGUUGGGUGUUCAAGCAAUCAUUUGUGACAGCGUUCUUUGAGAGGAGCAGAGGCAGACGAGUGCCAGUGUGAGGAUGUUUAGCCAAAAAAUGAGACAAAAAAUCUAUAGCAGAGAGAUACGUCUGACAGAAGCUUUUAAUAUCUAGAAAACUCGAGAAUUGGUUAGAGUUUCAAUAGUUCAUCAAUGAAGUGAACUUGGUGUGUCCAAUCCAUUUCUUUUCCUUGUUCAACUCAGAUGCUACGAUUGUUUCAACUUCUUUUUUGUGUAUUCUUCUACUUGUAAUCAGUCAGGUGAAUGUAGGAUGAAGGCUCGAUACAAUGUUGUUGUAGUAAUCAUGCUGCCAAUUGCACCCUGAAUAUGUCUGUGGAAGAUGACUUCUUUUAUAGUUGUUGGAUACUUCCAAUCAUACAUGA